UUCAUGGAUAUAAUCGAUAUGAUUUUACUCAAAUAACUUUACUGCUCAUGUCCACUAGUAUCUUUACCAUCCUAUAUAAGACCUGGCUACCCACUUCCCUUCCCUUCCCAUCUCAUUUUUGCAUUGGUUUCCCAUCUCAAACACAUAUCUUUAUCAAAUUCAAUAUCAGCUAAAAUCUCAUUUCUAAAUACUUUAUUCGUGUAAUAAAAAACCAUGCAGACUAAUGAUGUAACAGGGCUUCAAUAUCUAGUUCCUCCAAAUGAAAGUCCAUACCCCUACUAUCCUGGUAUGGCGCAAACUGAUUUAUCCCCAUUUCAAAUCAACAAAUAUACCAACCUAUUAUACAAUCUCCAAAUUGGUUCAAACCUCCCAGAACUCACUCCACAUCCAUCAUGUUUUAGCAACAACUCAACAUCAGAUGAGGCUGAUGAACAGCAGCUAAGUAUCAUCAACGAGAGGAAGCAAAGAAGGAUGAUAUCCAACAGGGAGUCUGCACGUCGUUCACGUAUGCGCAAGCAGAGACACCUAGAUGAGCUCUGGUCCCAAGUUGUUUGGCUAAGGAAUGAGAAUCACCAGCUCAUUAAUAAACUGAACCAUGUAACUGAAAGCCACGAUCUUGUCCUUCAAGAAAAUGUUCAACUCAAAGAAGAAGCUUCUGAACUUCGUCAGAUGGUCACCGACAUGCAGCUCAGUAGCCCUUACUCCACUCUCAGAGAUUUGGGAGAGGUUACUAAUGUAGUCUACCUUGGAGAUAAAACACCAAACUAGUCCAAAAGUACAAUCUGUCCAUUUCCUUAGGGGCAACUAUUAUUUACUUUUUGUAUCCAUUUCUACUUCUUUACUUGAGUAGGUCAAUUAGUCAUUGUCUCUUCCUCGGUUUUAGUUGUGCGUGCUACUACUUGAGGAAAACUAGUGAAGCCAAGAAUACAACUAGAGCAUUCCUGCAAUUGUCAUACAUAUAAUAUAUAAUGAGAUGCUACAUAUUCUCUAGUUCUAUUUAUAACUUUCUUUAAUAAAAUAUGUAUUUCACAUGCUUUCAAAUAAA